GGCCCUGAAAGGAGGACAUGGACGCGUCGGCGCUGGAGCGGGAUGCGGUGCAGUUCGCCCGGCUGGCGGUGCAGCGCGAUCACGAAGCUCGCUACUCCGAGGCGGUGUUUUACUACAAGGAAGCUGCGCAAGCUUUGAUUUAUGCUGAAAUGGCAGGAUCAGGCCUAGAAAAUAUUCAAGAAAAAAUAAAUGAGUAUCUGGAACGAGUUCAAGCUUUACAUUCUGCAGUUCAGUCAAAGAGUACUGAUCCUUUGAAGUCUAAACAUCAAUUGGACUUAGAACGCGCUCAUUUCCUUGUUACACAAGCAUUUGACGAAGAUGAAAAAGGAAACGUGGAAGAUGCUAUAGAAUUAUAUACAGAAGCUGUGGAUCUUUGCUUGAAAACUUCUUCUGAAACUGCUGAUAAAACCCUGCAAAAUAAACUGAAACAGUUGGCUCGACAGGCACUAGAUAGAGCAGAAGCAUUGAGUGAACCUCUUACAAAGCCUAUAUGCAAAAUCAAGUCUAAUAAUAAUAAGCCAAAGCCACCUCCAGUGAGAACGCAUUUUCCACUGGGAACUAAUCCCUUCCUUGAAAAACCUCAGGCAUUUAUAAGUCCACAGUCAUGUGAUUCACAAGGACAGAGAUACACAGCAGAAGAAAUAGAAGUUCUCAGGACAACCUCAAAAAUAAAUGGUAUAGAAUAUGUCCCCUUCAUGAAUAUUGAUCUGAGGGAACGUUUUGCUUAUCCAAUGCCUUUCUGUGAUAGAUGGGGCAAGCUACCAUUAUCACCUAAACAAAAAACAACAUUUUCCAAAUGGGUACGGCCAGAAGACCUCACCAAUAAUCCUACAAUGAUUUAUACUGUAUCCAGUUUUAGCAUAAAGCAGACUAUAGUAUCAGAUUGUUCCUUUGUGGCAUCACUGGCUAUCAGUGCAGCUUAUGAAAGAAGAUUUAAUAAGAAGUUGAUUACCAGCAUAAUUUACCCUCAGAAUAAGGAUGGUGAGCCAGAGUACAAUCCUUGUGGAAAGUAUAUGGUAAAACUUCACCUCAAUGGUGUCCCAAGAAAGGUGAUCAUCGAUGACCAGUUACCUGUUGAUCAUAAGGGAGAAUUGCUCUGUUCUUACUCUAACAACAAAAGUGAAUUGUGGGUUUCUCUCAUAGAGAAAGCAUACAUGAAAGUAAUGGGAGGAUAUGACUUCCCAGGAUCCAAUUCAAAUAUUGACCUUCACGCACUGACUGGGUGGAUACCAGAAAGAAUAGCUAUGCAUUCAGAUAGCCAAUCUUUCAGUAAGGACAACUCUUUCAGAAUGCUCUAUCAAAGGUUUCACAAAGGAGAUGUGCUCAUCACUGCAUCGACUGGAAUGAUGACUGAAGCAGAAGGAGAGAAGUGGGGUCUGGUUCCCACACAUGCAUAUGCUGUGUUGGAUAUUAGAGAGUUCAAGGGACUACGAUUUAUCCAGUUGAAAAAUCCUUGGAGUCAUUUACGUUGGAAAGGAAGGUAUAGUGAGAAUGAUGUAAAAAAUUGGACUCCAGAAUUACAAAAAUAUUUAAACUUUGACCCUCGAACAGCACAGAAAAUAGACAAUGGGAUAUUCUGGAUUACAUGGGAUGAUCUCUGCCAGUAUUAUGAUGUAAUUUAUUUGAGUUGGAAUCCAAGUCUUUUUAAGGAAUCAACUUGUAUUCACAGUACUUGGGAUGCUAAACAAGGACCUGUGAAAGAUGCCUAUAGCCUGGCCAACAACCCCCAGUAUAAACUAGAGGUGCAAUGUCCACAAGGGGGUGCUGCCGUUUGGGUUUUGCUUAGUAGACACAUAACAGACAAGGAUGAUUUUGCAAAUAAUCGAGAAUUUAUCACAAUGGUUGUAUACAAGACUGAUGGGAAAAAAGUUUAUUAUCCAGCUGAUCCAGCUCCAUAUAUUGAUGGGAUUCGUAUUAACAGCCCUCAUUAUUUGACUAAGAUAAAACUGACUACACCUGGGACCCAUACGUUUACAUUAGUGGUUUCUCAAUAUGAAAAACAGAACACAAUUCAUUACACAGUCCGGGUAUAUUCAGCAUGCAGCUUUACUUUUUCAAAGAUUCCUUCACCAUAUACCUUAUCAAAACAGAUUAAUGGAAAGUGGAGUGGACAUAGCGCUGGAGGAUGUGGAAAUUUCCAAGAGACCCACAAAAAUAAUCCCAUCUAUCAAUUCCAUGUAGAAAAGACUGGGCCAUUACUGAUCGAGCUAAGAGGACCAAGGCAAUACAGUGUUGGAUUUGAGAUCGUAACUGUUUCUGUGGCAGGAGAUGCUGGACCCCAUGGCUUUCAGAGGAAAUCUAGUGGUGAUUACAGGUGUGGGUUUUGUUACCUGGAAAUAGAAACUAUACCUGCUGGAAUCUACAAUAUUAUUCCCAGUACGUUUUUGCCUAAACAAGAAGGACCUUUUUUCUUGGACUUUAAUAGUAUUAUUCCCAUCAAAACAACGCAGCUUCAGUGAUGGAGAAGUGUUAGCUAGCACUGACUGGAUUUUAUGCUUACCAAGCAUCAGCACUUCAGAUGAGGACACUAAACACAUCAAGAGAAUUAAACCUUGAAACAUGUGGCCAUGGGAGACUGGUGCUCAAAUCAGGGUGUUUAAUGAGAAUUGUGUAUCAGGAUUACUCUAAAUCAUACAGACAUGCCAUUGUAUUAUGGCAUUGUAUAUAUGGAAUUGGUUUGGAUUUAGAAGCCUCAUUUUAACUUACAAAAAGGUAUAGGACUGGACUCAAGUCAGCACUGUGAGGUGCAUCUGCUAAGAGACUGUAGCCCCAUAGGAAAAUGAAGGGACAUAAAAUCAGUGUCUGCAAUGAACCAUAGGCUGGUGUAAUAAUCUGAGAUAGAUUGUCUGUUGGGCAGAAAGCAUGUUGUGUGUUAAACCUGUGAAUCAUUCUCCUAUACAUCUUGGGCAACUACCAAAUGAAUCAUUUUACCAUAUUUAAUUCUGCAUUAUUUAUGAUUUUAAAUGUUCAUUGUUGUCCAGGUGUUCUGAAAGAAUAAAGCUUUAAGAAAUAUUAAUUUAGAACAAAGAUGCUCAUGCUUAAGAAAGAGUUGAAGUUAAUUACUACCUGUCUUCCCUCCGUGUAAAGAAAAUUAAGAUAUAUUCGCUAUUGCAAUUUUUCUUCCUUGGGUUGGUAAAAGCAGUAAUCUGCAACACUGAAGACACCACAGUUUAGUCAUCUUGAUUGUUCUACAAUUCUGUUUAGGGUUUAGGGUAAUAACACUCUAAAGAAAAUACAAGUGAGAAAUAUGUAGUAAUUUGGGCUGUAUUCAGAAAAACUGUCGAGAUAUGUUCUGUGUCAAUUCCCAGUCUGCACCAAAACUCAGCAGAGCAGAAUGAUGCUCUAGAUUUUAAAGAUCAGAAAAUUAAUGGGAAUGUUUCACUGUCUCUACUUUAUAAUUAUUUCUUAUUUUGUAUUUCUACUACCUUUAAUUGAAAUAAAAUGUUUAUACUUUCA